GUCAGGGUUAACGGCACAAGGAGGCGAGCGGCCAGUCGGCGGCGCGGCGAAGGCGGUGUUACACGCGCGACUCUUCAGUGCUCUGCUUGCGACCGGCUCGAGAUAUCCGCUGCCCUUACCGCAGCACCGCCGACCCAGGACGCAGCAGGACACCACGAGCCAUGACGGCGACCCAGAGCCCCGCCGCGCGCUGGACCGCGACGCUGCUGCUGCUGGCGGUCAUCCAGGUUCCUCAGGCCGCCGGGAGAAUAGCUUUCGAAAAGCUGACGGAGCUGGACUACAAGGGGACCACCUACUUCACGAUCAAGAACCUGACGAUGUUCGAGUGCCAGGGCUGGUGCCGGGAGGAGCCGGAGUGCCAGGCCGCGUCCUACAGCUUCGUGGUGAACCCGAUGAUACCGGUCCAGGAGACAGUGUGCCAGCUGCAGAACGAGACCUCGGCCAGCAACCCGUCGGCCGUGCCGCAGAGAUCCGUCAACCUCUACUACAUGGUCAAGAAUCAGAUACGGUCAGACAACGUGUGCCUGCGGCCAUGGACUUUCGAACGGGUUCCUAACAAGAUGAUCAGAGGAUUGGACAAUGCACUUAUAUACACGUCUACAAAGGAAGCUUGCCUGGCAGCCUGCCUUAACGAGCACCGGUUCACGUGCCGCUCGGCCGAGUACAACUACGUGACGCUGCAGUGCCACCUGAGCGACUCCGACCGCCGCUCCACGGGCCAGUACGUGCAGUUCGUGGAUGCCCAGGGCGUCGACUACUUCGAGAACCUCUGCUUGAAAGGUAACGCUGCUUGCAAAGGCAACAGAAACUUCGCAGUUCCCCGCCUCGGAGUGCCGGAAGACAGGGUGUCGCAGUACGCGAGUCUUCACUACUACGUGGACAAGGAGCUACAGGUGACGAGCGACGCGUCGUGCAAGCUGGCGUGCGAGAUCGAGAGCGAGUUCCUGUGCCGCUCGUUCCUGUUCCGCGGGCCGCCGCUGGGCGGCGCGCCCAACUGCCAGCUCUUCCACCUGGACCACCACACGCUGCCCGACGGGCCCAGCUCCUACCUCAACGCCGAGCGCCCGCUCAUCGACGACGGAGCGCGCGUCGGCACCUACUACGAGAACGUCUGCGAACGGGCCCUCGCGGGGUCGCCGCAGGACACGCUGCCUGUGGUGUUCGACAGCACGGACGACCCCGCCAUCAACAACCUCACUCGCACGGACGUCAACUGCGACAAGACCGGCACGUGCUACGACGUGGCCGUGAACUGCAAGGACACGCGCAUAGCGGUGCAGGUGCGCACCAACAAGCCCUUCAACGGCAGGAUCUACGCGCUGGGCCGCUCGGAGACGUGCAACAACGACAUACAGAACAGCGACCUGUUCCGCCUGGACCUCACCAUGAGCGGCCAGGACUGCAACACCCAGUCCGUGACGGGGGUGUUCACCAACACCGUGGUCCUGCAGCACCACAGCGUCGUGAUGACCAAGGCAGACAAGAUAUACAAAGUCAAGUGCACCUACGACAUGUCCUCCAAGAACAUCACCUUCGGCAUGAUGCCCAUAAGGGACCCCGAGAUGAUCAGCAUCACAUCCGCCCCCGAGGCGCCUCCCCCGCGCAUCCGCAUCGUGGACGGCCGGGGCCACGAGGUGGAGACGGUGCGCAUCGGCGACAAGCUGUCCUUCCGCAUCGAGAUCCCCGAGGACACUCCUUACGGCAUAUUUGCAAGAAGCUGUGUAGCCAUGGCUAAGGACUCGAAGAGCACGUUUCAGAUCAUAGAUGAUGAAGGAUGUCCCGUGGAUCCCACCAUCUUCCCAGCCUUCACCCCCGACGGCAACGCUCUCCAGUCGGUGUACGAGGCGUUCAGGUUCACAGAGUCGUACGGCGUCAUAUUCCAGUGCAACGUCAAGUACUGCCUGGGCCCGUGUGAGCCGGCCGUGUGCGACUGGGGCCACGAGUCCAUCGAGUCCUGGGGCAGGCGGAGGAGGUCCGUGGCGUCCAACCAGACGGCGGAGGCCGAGGACGACAUGAUGCUCAGCCAGGAGAUCCUCGUGCUCGACUUCGGGGACGAGAAGAACACCGACUUCUUGAGGAACGAGGCCUCCUACUCAGAGUUCAGCAGAGACAAGACUGUGACGAUGACGGAGCAGUGCCCCACCAAGACGUCCGUGAUGGCCCUGGGGGUGACGUGUGCGCUCAUGGUGCUCAUAUACCUGGUCACCAUCUUCUGCUACUACAUGAAGAAGUGGCUGUCGCCGAGGAAGGACAUGGCCUAGGGCCCGACGACGGUGCGGCCCCCUCCCCCCCCACCCGAGACAUCGAGCUGAGCCCGCCGCGGUUCCACGCGCAAACCGAACCUCGAGUGAGCCGGUCCUCUGUGGCGCCGAGCUCCCCGCGUUCGUGCAGACGCAAGCACACGUGAUACGCGCCAGGAGCGAUAAACUACGUGCCAACAAGCCAGUGCAGAGUUGCGACUUGCGUACGGAGAUUCUAAAUAAAUAAAAAAAUACUCUUGCGGGUUCUCCAGUUCUUAAAUCAUCUCAAAAGUGGCUUCGAGGGAACCUAGUGCAGUGAAGAUGAUUAGCGACGUGAGCAGAUAUGUACACGAGUUGCUGUGAGUUGAGUUUUGACUUCGAAUAUAAGAGUGCCCAUGCACGGCCUUUUAAAAAAAAAUUUCAAGUUGGGAAUUUUCGGAAACAAAAUUUUACUUGCAAAGUAAGUUUGUCAAUACAAAAUAAUGUUGUAAAUGCGCAAAAAAAAAAUCAUAUGCUACACAUUCAUACACACAAUGCGUGUGUGGUGGAUAUUGUAUAUCAAUGGGUUUGCUGAAUCAGCAACAAUUUGAACUGCGACCUGUCUGGAAACUUAUUUGCUCGUCGCUAAUCACAAGAUAGUCUAUCUCUACGAUAGUAUUCUGAGUGUGUUUUGGAAGUGAGCCAAUGCGUUCGCUUAAAACACACUAUGGGGUUUUCUGGCAAAGGGAAAAGGUAUGUGGUUGUUCAACCUAUUUAUUUAUUUAUUUGAAAUAACUUUUUUGUAAAUAUUCCUUACAUCUGUGUGCCUGUAUUAAUACUCUUAUUUAUACAACAAAUUUUUACAAUAAAAUUAUACAAAAAGAAAA